AUGAAUUCUCAGGAAGAGUCUAGCUCAAGUUUUUAUAAAACAACAUAUACAGAUCAAAAUAAUAGUAAAACUAAUAAUACCAAUACACCUUCAACAGCCAAAUUUAUUAGCUCUAAAAAAAAAAAAGAAAAAUUAGAAAAAGUACAAAUUAGAGUAAUAGAAAGAGAUAAAUUGCCUUUAUCUCAAUUAACAAAUAUUGAAUCAUAUCUUGAAGGUAAAGAGUCUGGAGAAAUCGAUGAUAGGAAUAAUACAGAUUUAGAACAACCAACAAUUGUAAAUACUAUUUCUAAAACUCUUUAUUUAAUUAAAGAUUGUCCUACCAGAUAG